AUGGACUUUUUAGAGAAUAAGACCAUUUUUGUUAUUGGUGCCAAAGGAUUUCUGGGAAAGAUUAUGGUGGAGAAAAUAUUAAGAGCUCAUCACAACGUGAAGAAACUUUAUCUACUUUUACGAAACGUGGAUCAAAUCACCGCUUCAAAACAUUUUUAUGAUGAGGUUGUAGAGAAAGAAUUGUUUAGAGUGUUAAAGGAAAAAUGGGGUGGAGAUCUAAAAACCCUCAUCUCAGAGAAGAUUUAUUUGGUGCCGGGGGAUAUUUCAUCCCCAAAUAUGGGAUUAAAAGACUCGAAUUUAUUGGAAGAGAUGAAGAAUGAAGUGGAAAUAAUUGUUAAUUUUGCGGCAACAACCAAUUUUGAUGAAAGAUAUGAUGUAGCGUUUAGCACCAAUACAUUGGGAGCUAGACACGUUUUAAACUUUGCUGAGCAAUGUUCUAAUUUGAAAAUUCUUGUCCAUGUAUCCACCGCUUAUGUUUCAAAUCAAAGGGAAGGAGUCAUCUUGGAAACUCCAUGCAAAUUGGUCGAGUCGGUUGAUGGCACUUCAAAAUUAGACUUUGAAACGGAACGGAAAAUAAUUGAAGAUAGUUUAAGAGAAUUGAGAAAUAAUAAAGAUAUAGAUGAAAUUACGAGGAGCUUGACCAUGAAAGACUUGGGCACAAAAAGGGCAAAAAUGUAUGGAUAUCCAAACACGUACACAUUUACAAAAGCAAUGGGCGAGAUGUUGAUUAACGACAAAAGUGACAAUCUUCGUUUGAUCAUCGUGCGGCCAACCAUAGUUACAAGCACUUAUAAAGAACCUUUUCCGGGUUGGAUCGAAGGUUUGAGGACCAUUGAUGGCUUAAUUGAUGGGUAUGGCAAAGGAAAGCUUGCGUUCUUUCCAUCUAACGCUAGCUCAAUCCUAGACGUGAUUCCAGCUGAUAUGGUAGUAAAUGGUAUCAUCAUGGCAAUAUUGGCACAUAAACUCCAACCGUUUGGACAUACAUUAAUAUAUCACAUAGGUUCUUCGAUGAGAAAUGCUAUGAGCAACAUUGAUUUGUGCAGUUAUAUUCUCCAAUACUUUACCGAAAAACCAUGGAUCGAUAAAGAUGGAAAGACCAUCAAAAUUAAGAAACUCACCUUAUUCAACGACAUGGCUAGCUUCCAUCGACACAUGACCAUUCGCUACUUGAUUUUUCUCAAGGGUUUUGAGUUUGUGAAUAGAGCAUUUUGUUACGCGUUCCAAGACAAGUGCAAUGAUCUUCGGGGAAAGUUCGACUGGGUGAUGCGACAAGUUGAGCUUUAUGACUCGUUUCUAUUCUUCAAAGCCAGAUUUGACGACACCAACUUAGAAAAACUGAGAAUUGCUGCCCGAGACAACAACAUAAAUCCAAAUACAUCGCUUUUGGAUCCUGAGGAUAUAAACUGGGAGGAUUACUUCCUGAAUAUCCACAUUCCGGGACUUAUUAAACAUGUUGUAGAGAAAGAAUUGUUUAGAGUGUUAAAGGAACAAUGGGGUGGAGAUCUAAAACCCCUCAUCUCAGAGAAGAUUUGUUUGGUACCGGGAGAUAUUUCAUCCCCAAAUAUGGGGUUAAAUGAUUCAGAUUUAUUGGAAGAGAUGAAGAAUCAAGUGGAAAUAAUCAUUAAUUUUGCUGCAACGACCAAUUUUGAUGAAAGAUAUGAUGUAGCAUUUGGUACCAAUACAUUGGGAGCUAAACAUGUUGUAAACUUUGCAAAGGGAUGUUCUAAUUUGGAAAUUCUCGUCCAUGUAUCCACGGCUUUUGUUUCAAAUCAAAGGGAUGGAGUCAUCUUGGAAACUCCGUGCAAAUUGGUCGAAUCUGUUGAUGGUACUUCGAAGUUAGAUAUUGAAACGGAGCGAAAAAUAAUUGAAGAUAGUUUAAGAGAACUGAGAAAUAAUAGAGAUAUAAAUGAAAUCACGAGGAGCUUAGCCAUGAAAGACUUGGGCACUAAAAGGUCAAAAAUGUAUGGAUAUCCAAACACGUACACAUUUACCAAAGCAAUGGGCGAGAUGUUGGUUAAUGAUAAAAUUGACAAUCUUCCUUUGAUAAUCAUGCGACCGACCAUAGUCACAAGCACUUACAAAGAACCUUUUCCGGGUUGGAUAGAAGGUUUGAGGACCAUAGACGGCUUUAUUGUUGGGUAUGCUAAAGGAAAAGUAACACAUUUUCCUUCGGGUGCUGGCUCAAUUUUAGACUUGAUUCCAGCCCAUAUGGUAGUAAAUGCUAUCAUCAUGGCAAUAUCGGCACAUAAACUCCAACCAUCUAGACAUACAAUUAUAUACCACGUAAGUUCUUCGAUGAGAAAUUCUAUAAGUAACAUUAAUUCCCUCAAUUAUAUUCUCCGAUACUUUACCGAAAAACCAUGGAUCAACAAAGAUGGAAAGACCAUCAAAAUUAAGAAACUCACCUUAUUCAACGACUUAGCCAGCUUCUAUCGAUACAUGACCAUUCGCUACUUGGUUCUUCUCAAGGGUUUUGAGUUCGCGAACAAAGCAUUUUGUAACUCUUUCCAACACAAGUACAAUGAUCUUCAGAGAAAGUUCAAUUGGGUGAUGCGACAAAUUGAGCUUUAUAACUCGUUUCUAUUCUUCAAAGCCAGAUUUGACGACACCAACUUAGAAAAACUGAGAAUUGCUGCACGAGACAACAACAUAAAUCCAAAUACGUCGCUUUUGGAUCCUAAGGAUAUAAACUGGGAGGAUUACUUCCUGAAUAUCCACAUUCCCGGACUUGUUAAACAUGUAAUGAAAUGAUUAUA